AAGGAAAGAUAAAAUAUAUUUGAAAGAAGUAGAGAGGAUAAAAGAGUAAAUAGACAGAACUAUCAACUUCCUCUUCCCCUAUAAACAUCAAAAACAGUUUAUUUUCAAAGCGGGGAGGAGAGGAGAAACAGAGAAGAGAAACUCAGAAAGAAAAAGAAAAGGGAAUUAAAACCAAUUGGCAGUUUGCCGGGAGAGUCACACAAAAGAACUCCGGCAUUAUGCAAAAGAAUAAUUAAACAAAAAAAAAAAAAGAUUGGUUCUCUGAUUCCUUUUUUUGGGAUCAGGGAAUCAUUAAUUUCAUCCCCUUCUCACCCUUCCCAUUUAAAUUUUUUUUUUUUUUUUUUAAAUUUGCAUGUAUGCAUAUAGUCCUCACACGAAUAUAUUUCAAUGAUGUAAUCGUACAUAUAUAUGUAUGAUUCAUUGAAUUUCAUAUGAAUGAAAAAUAUUUGAAAAUAUUUGUGAGUUGUUGAACGGAGGUUGUUAUUGAGGUGAAAUGGGAUUGGAAGAAAGAGAAGGGAAAAUGGAGGGGUGGCUUUACCUGAUGAGGUUAAACAGGUUUGGACUGCAAUAUUCACGUAAAAGAUACUUCAUUCUUCAAGACAACUGUCUCAAGAGCUUCAAAUCCAUUCCCACUUCACCAAAAGAGGAACCAAUAAGAAGUGCAAUAAUUGACUCUUGCAUCCGUGUCACGGACAAUGGAAGAGAGAGCUUUCAUAGAAAAGUUUUCUUCAUUUUCACCUUGUAUAACACCUCUGAUCACAAUGAUCAGCUCAAGUUCGGAGCAUCCAGUCCAGAAGAGGCUGCCAGAUGGAUACAUUGUUUAAAGGAUGCUGCACUCAACCCGGAAAGAAGCUUACAUGCUCCUUCAAGAAGAAAAUGGCAACCAUUCAGGUUGAGCGUUUCAAAGAGGAUGGCCCAUAAGAGCUCCAUCGAUUCGACUGCUGCAUCUUCUAUGCAUGUGGGUGCAAUGACAUCUGAUGUUCUUGCUCCUUCUCCAUGGAAGAUAUUUGGCUGUCAAAAUGGCUUGCGGCUAUUUAAAGAAGGGAAGGACAAAGGUCCGAAUGGGAAGCAUCGGGAUGGUUCUCCAGCAGUAAUGGCGGUGGGUGUGAUUGAAGGAACAUCUGAAGCCAUUUUCCGCACACUCAUGUGUCUUGGUCCCUCAAGAUCAGAAUGGGACUUCUCUUUCUACAGAGGCUGUGUGGUUGAGCACCUCGAUGGUCAUACAGAUAUAGUACACAUUCAACUAUACAACCAUUGGCUGCCGUGGGGAUCAAAAAGAAGAGAUUUGCUCCUACGGCGUUACUGGAGAAGAGAGGAUGAUGGCACAUAUGUUAUUCUCUAUCAUUCUGUCAUCCACAGCAAGUGUCCGCCACAAAAUGGAUAUGUCCGUGCCUGCAUUAAAAGUGGUGGACAUGUUAUAACUCCAACCAAACAUGGUAAACCAUCUAUUGUAAAGCACAUGCUUGCUAUUGAUUGGAAGUUCUGGAAACCUUAUUUGAAGAAAGGGGCCUCAGUAUCCAUAACCAUCCGCGUCCUCGAGAGAAUUGCUGCACUAAGAGAGAUGUUCAGAGCAAAGGAAGGGAACUACUUCUCGGAAUUGUCACCAACUGCGCUAACAAGGGAUAUUGAUCUGCCCGUUAGUGAAAAGGAAGAGAUCAAAACAGAAGUUGAUUAUAAAAUGAUCGAGGAUGACAAAGUGACAAAUGAUGGAAAAAAUCCAGCAUCCUCAAAUCUCACGGGAUUGGAUGAUGCGGCUGAUGAGUUUUAUGAUGUUCCUGAACCGUCAGAUGACGAACACUCAGACCAUGCUUGGACCUCCAAUGCAAGUCCAGAAGUGGGUUGUAUGGACUCGUACCACACAAAAUUGACCACUGCAAAUAUUGUGAAAAAAUUACAUGAUCUUGCAGUUCAGAAAAAAGGUUAUAUGGACUUGCAAGAAAUGGCUCGGGAAGAGAGUGUGUCAUUGUGCUAUGGAGCAACUCUUCCAAAAGAUCAAAGUUUUAAUAUGCCUUGCAGUUGGGCUGCUGCGGAUCCAUCAUCAUUUUUGAUUCGCGCUGAAAGCUACCUGGCAGACCAGGAAAAGGUUAAGGCAAAGAGUACCUUAAUGCAAAUGGUUGCAGCCGAUUGGUUAAGAUCUGACAGGCGUGAAGAUGACCUUGCCGGUCGCCCAGGAAGCAUAGUUCAGAGAUAUGCUGCUCAGGGUAGGCCGGAGUUCUUUUUUAUCAUCAACAUCCAGGUUCCAGGAGCAACCACUUAUAAUCUUGCUCUAUAUUACAUGUUGAGAUCUCCUUUGGAAGAAACACCCUUACUCGAGCGUUUUGUCAAUGGAGAUGAUUCUUUUAGGAAUUCAAGGUUUAAGCUCAUACCAUACAUCUCCAAGGGAUCCUGGAUAGUGAAGCAGAGCGUUGGUAAGAAAGCUUGCUUGGUCGGUCAAGCAUUGGAAGUGCAUUAUUUCCGGGGGAAAAAUUAUUUAGAGCUUGGCAUUGAUGUUGGAUCAUCAACAGUUGCAAGGGGUGUGGUCAGUCUUGUUCUUGGUUACUUAAACAAUCUUGUUAUUGAAAUGGCAUUUCUGAUACAGGGUAAUACACCAGAAGAACUCCCAGAAUUCCUUCUGGGGACUUGUCGACUGAACCAUCUGGACGUUUCCAAAUCGAUUCCAACUGACUCCGUAAGCAUCAGCUAAACAAAAUUAUUUUUCUGAGAAGUUGCAUUACUGCAGGGAUUUAUUGAUCUACUGCAGAAGAAUGAAGAUAGGUAAAUGGCAAAGGGAGAUUCAAAGUUCAAACUGAUUAAUUCAUGUAUAGGCAUUCCUUUACAUCAAGUUAUACUUGAGUUUUGAAGUAUAUAUAUAUAUAUGUUGAUUUUUAUUUUAAGGUGGGGGCUAUACAAUCUGUAAAUGUUUCUCCUCAUCAAAUAAAACUUCCAUUCUUUGAAUGUA